AUGGAAUGUUCUUUACAAAAUCAAAUUAAAGCCUCAGAUUUUGUUAAUAAUUUUUUUAAAUUAUAUUUUGAUGAAGUUUUUAUUCUAAUUUUUUCAAAAUGCUCAAUGGAGCCAGGUUUUCUUGGUCAAUCAUAUAGUUGUCCAGUUAUUCAAGGUGAUUCAACUUUUACAACAAUUUCAUGUAAUAUUUCAAAUUUCUUAAAACUAAAAGAUGAAUCAAAUAUAAAGAAUCAAUGUAGUCAAAAUUCAUAUUGUUUAACAAAUAAUGCAAGUUGUAUAUGUAAUUAUGGUUUUACAGGUUUACCUGAUUGUACUACAAUUCACUAUGAUUGUAUAAAUGAUUGUUCAAUUUCAAUUGGUGGUGGAACAUGUGACUAUUUAACAGGAAUUUGUAGUUGUAAUCAAUAUAGAGGUAAAGAUUGUUCAGAAAUUCAAUGCCAAAAGACCUGUUUUAAUGGUGGUGUAUGUGAUAUGACUAAGGGUGAAUGUAAAUGUAUUGGCAAUUACUUUGGAGAUGAUUGUUUAUCAAUUUAUUGCAAAUGUAAAUGUAUUGGCAAUUACUUUGGCGAUGAUUGUUUAUCAAUUAACUGUACUAAUAAUUGCCAAAAUGGUGGUAAUUGUGAUACAACUCUAGGUGAAUGUAAAUAUAUUGGUAUUUACUUUGGAAAUGAUUGUUUAUCUAUUAAUUGUCCCAAGUCUUGUAUGAGUGGUGGCUCUUGUGAUCAUACUACAGGUGAAUGUAAUUGUUUAAAUCAAUAUCAAGGUGAAGAUUGCUCUUCAAAUAAAUGUAUUUUAACCUCUUGUUUGAAUGGUGGAACAUGUGAUUUAUCAACCUACCAAUGUCAAUGUAUUAAUGGAUAUCAAGGUGAUGAUUGUUCUUUACCAUUUAUUGAAUGUGAAAAUAUUUAUCAAGAUAAUGGUUAUUGUAAUAAUCAAACUGGUAAUUGUAAUUUCAUAUGCCCAACUCAAUGUUUUAAUCAAGGAAAAUGUGAUGCAGAAAUUGGUGUUUGUGGUGAAGUUACAUUGUUUGGAUGGUUUGGAGGUAUUCAUUUUGAUUUAACAGUUACCAUUGGUCAAUUAAAUUGUAAAGAUCCAAAAGCAAUUGAUAAUAAAACUAUAAAAUGUGAACUUCCACAAGGUCAAUCAGGUAUUCAAAAUGUUAAUGUCACACAAAAUCAAAUUAUUUGGAUGGGAAAAGAUCUUUUCAUCUAUUUAGAUAAUGAAGAUCCAAAUAUAAAAAAUAAUUGUUUAAAAAAUUGUAAUAGUAAAGGUGUUUGUUUAUCAUCAGUGGAUUCAAAAGAUACAAAUGGUAAAACAACAAUUGAUGAUAGUUAUAAUAAUUAUGAAAUUUUCAUUGAUAAAUUAAUUGAAUUAAAUUUUAAUGGUAAACAAGUUAAAAUUUAUGAUAUAAACCAAAAAUGGGAAAAAGUAAAAAACGAUACCACCAACAUUGAUAAAUCAGUACAAUUAUUUAAUCAAAAAUUAGAUGAUAACCAAGUUGAAUUAAUUUAUAAAGUAGAAAUAAUAGAUCAAACAAAAGAUUAUACAUUCUCUGAUUUAAAUUAUAGGUUAGAAAAGGAUUCAAUUAAAAUUUCUAUUUUUAUUUAUAACUAUACAUAUUCAAGUACAUUAAAUACUUUACAAUUACAAAUAGUUACAAAAACAGAAGAAAAAGAAAUUAAAAAAGAUAAAUGUAAUAAUAAAGAAACUGAAAUCGAAACAACAUCAAAUCAACUAUUAAACUUUAUAACAAUUAAAAAAGAUAAUAAGGUUCUUUAUGGUCGUUUCAUAAAUAAAGUUAUCUCUGAUGGUAGACCAAUUCAUUUGAAAACUUCAAUAAUUUCAAGUGAUAAAAGUAAAUCAACCAUUACAAUGGGAAUGGAUUUACCACAUUGCAAAAACUGUUUAAUCGAUCCAGAUUUCUCUUUACUAUUAACUACAAAUUUUAAAGAUUUAUGUGGAGAUAAUGACAAUAGAAAAUCUUACAUUAUUCCAGUUGCAGUUGUUACAUCAUUUGUUGGUGUGGCUGCAAUUGGUGCAUCUGGUUUUUUGGUUUAUAGAAAAAAGAAAGUUGAAGUUAGUCAAUUAAAAUUAAGAAAGUUGGCGAAAAACCAAUAA